AUGAUGUCAACGCUGAAAAAUAAGAACACACACAAGCCGGUGGUAAAACAAUACCUGGUCGUGAAGUUCAUAGGCAGCCAUAAACACCAAAAUAGAUUGAGAUGCAUUUCAAGUAAUUGGCUUAACUCAACUUUGGAUAAGAUUGUGUUUGUGCGCUACCCACCUGAAGAUAAGAAGGAGAACAUGCUACGAUACCUCAAGGAGAACUUUCCAGUGUUCUGUCAUUGGCAAACUUACCUGGCUACCGUGUACUAUCAAACAGAUAACCUUGGAGAUGCACUAAUCUACGCGUCGCAUUACACAUCGCUUAACGAAGCUCAAUCCAAGCCGAUACCAACAACUACCACCAGCAUUGAAAAUAGUGUUGUUAAUGAGUCGUUUUUUAACGUAUCUACUGCUAUCAGGGAGCUUACAUUGACGGAACAAUUAAAGAUCAUUCGACCAUUAGUUAUCAGCAUUCUCCGAUCAAUUAAUCUGUGUGGUGAGGAAUAUGAGAGCCAAUCACAAGCUCGCCGCAAUAACCUCCACUACGAAUAUCUUAGAAUGGAGACCUGUACUUAUGCCAAGUUUUUGCUUGACAAAAUGACCCGCUAUACAAAUUCGAGCAGGAUAGAUGCUAUUAACGGAAUGGACUUGUCAUCGACGUCUACGUCAGCUACACCUGGCGUCAACUCUGCUAGCAAAGAAAUUAGCAAUGAAAUUAAAACAGCGAUCAAGAAACUAUUGUUUAUAAUAGAUACUGGUUCAGAGUAG